AUGUUUUUGUGGUUGUUCUGCUGCUUCAGGCAGCAAAAAGAUGACUCUCCCUCCCCUCCGCCUCAACUCCGACGUCCCGGGGGUGAGUCAGCCCCAGGCAGCUGCAAGCUGCCUGAGGGCUGGCUCCAAACCGGGACAGGCCAACGAAUAAAGGCAGGUCCGCACGCGCCGCCUCCGCCCACCACCCCCACGCCGCCACCUACCCCUCCGCCAGAAGCCGCCCCCAAGAAGCGGGAGAAAGUGUUCCCAAAGUUCGUUUUUGAGGACGAUACGACCACGGAAGCCGACAUUGUUGCCUUUGCCAAGGACGUCAACAAGAAGCUUGACCAGUAUCGGUCACCAGAGGACGCCGAGAAGCGGUGCGCGAAAAUUGUCGCCGAUGGCAUCAAAGCCAGAAAAGAGCGAGCCGAGGCCCGUGCAUGGGCAGCAAUGCCCAUCGAAGAGCGCAACUAUAGGCUCUCGCCGCAGGGCAAACUACGGACAAAGCUCGACCGACAAGGAGGCCGCUAG